AUGCCGGAGAGUGGGACCAAGGUGAUCGCCAAGAAAGGAGCCAAGAAGGCGGCCUCUAAGUCGCACCAUAAGGGUGACAAGCGGCGCAAGAAGGCCCGCCGGGAGAGCUACGGUAUCUACGUGUACAAGGUGCUGAAGCAGGUCCACCCGGACACGGGCAUCUCCUCCAAAGCCAUGAGUAUCAUGAACUCGUUCGUCAACGACGUCUUUGACCGCAUCGCCUGCGAGGCGUCCCGCCUGGCUCACUACAGCAGGCGGCAUACCAUGUCCUCCCGGGAGAUCCAGACCGCCGUCCGCCUGCUGGUGCCCGGCGAGCUCGCUAAGCACGCCGUCUCUGAGGGCACCAAGGCGGUCACCAAGUAUACCAGCUCCAAGUGA